AUGGUGUCGCAGGUAAGCGCCUUCCGCGCGUCUUUCCCGAGCGGGCGCUCAGAGGCUCCCCCCCCCUUUUGGGGAAAAGCAAGAGCGAGUGUGGAAGUUACGUGGUGCUUGGUGGGGUCCUCGGUGGAUGCUGGGCCCAGGCGGCUGCCCAUGGGAGUGUGCGGGCCGGGCCCGGUGCUGCUAGGCCUCACCCGGCUGCAAAGCCGAGGUGCUGGGAGCAGGGCGGGUGUGAUAGGGAAAAUUGGCUUAGGUGUACCGAGUGAGGAAACUCCACAGUUUCCUCACCAUAAUUGGCAUGUUGGAGAGAAGUGCCUUGCCCCUUGUCUUGAAAACGGAAAACUUCAUGAAGGAACAAUAUCUUCUAUUGAAAAGGACAAGAAUGGAAAAUCAUUUGCUGUUGUAUCAUUCUUGGAGUCUGAAGAAAGGAAAAUACUGAUAACUAAACUCUGUAGAGUCAAAGCAAGUAGAGGAUCCUGGAAAAGCUUAAUAUUUGAUGAUGAUGAUCUGGAAAAGCCUUGUUUUCCUGACCAAAAUCUUCCAUCUCCUUCAGUUGCUUUUAAAUUGUCUGACAGUGGUGAUUUUAUUCCAUAUACAAUUAACAGAUACCUGCGUGAUUAUCAAAGGGAAGGAGUCCAAUUUCUAUAUGGACACUACGCUAACAAAAGAGGGUGUAUUCUUGGAGAUGAUAUGGGCCUUGGCAAGACAAUACAGGUCAUUUCAUUUUUGGCUGCAGUGUUGCACAAAAAGGGAACGCGUGAGGAUAUUGAAAAUAAUAUGCCGGAAUUUUUACUGAGGACGAUGAAAAAGGAAUCAAAGUGUAACACCAAGAAGACUUUCCUUAUAGUGGCCCCUCUUUCAGUGCUGUACAACUGGAAGGAUGAGUUAGACACAUGGGGAUACUUCAAGGUCUCUGUCUUACAUGGUAAUAAAAAAGAUGAUGACUUGAGUCGUAUCAAGCAAGGGAAAUGUGAAGUUGCACUUACAACGUAUGAGAUACUUCGCCUGCAUUUGGAUGAAUUUAACAACAUAGACUGGUCUGCUGUGAUAGUGGAUGAAGCGCAUAGAAUCAAGAACCCAAAGGCUCAAAUAACUCAAACCAUGAAGUCAUUAAAAUGCACUGUUCGCAUUGGCCUUACUGGAACUAUUCUUCAAAACAAUAUGAAGGAGCUUUGGUGUGUUAUGGACUGGGCUGUACCAGGACUUUUGGGCAGCAGAGCAAAUUUCAAGAAGAAAUUUUCUGAUCCAGUGGAGCAUGGCCAGAGGCACACUGCAACUAAAAGAGAGCUAGCAACAGGUCGUAAGGCCAUGGUGAAGCUGGCAAGAAAAAUGUCUGGCUGGUUUCUGAGACGUACCAAAGCACUUAUCAGUGAUCAGUUGCCAAAAAAGGAAGACAGAAUGGUGUACUGUUCCCUGACUGAAUUCCAGAAAGCUGUGUACCAGGCUGUGCUAGAGACCGAGGAUGUAAAUUUAGUAUUACGAGCAGGAGAGCUCUGUAGCUGCAACAGCGGCCGUAAGAGGAAGAACUGUUGUUACAAAGUAAAUGCUCAUGGUGAAACAAUUAAGUCACUGCGUUUCAGUUACCUGACAAUCCUACAGAAGGUUGCAAAUCAUGCUGCACUGCUGCAGACUGAUAACACUAGCAAGCAACAGGAUGCACAUAUCAAACGGGUGUGCAGCCAUGUGUUUUCCAGUUUUCCAGAUUUUGUGCAGUUAAGCAAAGAUGCAGCCUUUGAAACAAUUUCAGAUCCAAAGUACAGUGGAAAAAUGAAG